AUGUCACAGCCUCAGAUGAGCCCGGAAUACCUGGCCCAGAGCCAGCAAACCACCCUCAAAGCUGUCAUGUGGAUUGUAUCCUUGAUUCCUCUGGUUGUCGUCUGUCUGCGUCUCUACGUUCGAGUCUUUAUGAAGCGUGUCUUUGGAUGGGAUGACUUUAUCGUCGUCAUUGCCACCGGCCUCCUCAUUGCAUAUGCCGCUGUCUGUCAUGCUGCUGCCGACGCUGGACUAGGUCGACACAUCGCAUACGUCGCCCAGAACCCCAAAAAUGUCACGCAGGUCGCUCUUCUGUGCGAUAUUGGAGAGUCGCUGGCCAUCAUGGCUUGUUCUCUGGGCAAGACUUCAUUCGCAGUGACGUUGCUACGUAUCGUCGUGAAGCGGUGGAUGGUUGCACUGCUGCUUUUCAUAAUAAUCACUAUGAACAUUGUCACUAUUCUCGCAGCGCUAUUUGUGUUUGUCCAGUGUGAGGAUCCGAGACAUUUGUGGGAUCCGUCUACUCCCUCCAAGUGUUGGCCUACGGAUGUUUGGACGAAUUAUGCGCUCUUCGUGGGAGCAUACUCCGGUCUGCAAGAUUUCAUCCUCGCAUUGAUGCCCUGGACGAUCGUCUGGAAACUCCAGAUGAAGAAGAAGGAAAAGUUUGGUGUGGCCAUCGCCAUGAGCAUGGGUGUUUUCGCCGGUGCUGCAUCCAUCGUCAAGACAACCUAUCUAGUCUCCCUUUCUGCAAAAGCCGACUUCACCUGGGAACUAACCCGCCUCCUCAUCUGGGCAGCAGUCGAAGACGGCCUAGCCAUUACAGCCGCAUCAAUCCCAGCCCUAAAACCCAUCCUGACUAUGAUGUCUUCCACUCCUGGCUCUGGCGAUAGCUAUAACAUAAUCACUUACUACCACCAUGGUAGUAAGCAGAAAGUGUUUGCUCCUCCCUGUGGUAAGACCGAGACGGAUAUCAUUGUGACGAAGACGUGCGAGGCUGAGGAGGAUGCAAGGAGUAUAAGGGCGCUGUCUGAUGAAGAGCAGGCGGCGACAAAUACGACGGGGAUUAUGGUUACUACUUCUGUGAAGCAGUGUUGA